UCUGAGGGGCAGAAGUAGGGUACGGACAGCGGAAGUUCCCGCCCCGGCCCCGCCUCCGCCCCUGGCUCACGCGAGCUGGGUGUUUCCUGCCUCUUUCAGUCCGGGUUUGGAGACUCCGGAGUCCUCCGACUUUUCAUGGAAGAGAUGUCAGGAGAAAGUGUGGUGAGCUCAGCGGUGCCAGCGGCUGCUACCCGCACCACCUCCUUCAAGGGCACGAGCCCCAGCUCCAAGUAUGUGAAGCUGAAUGUGGGCGGUGCCCUCUACUACACCACCAUGCAGACACUGACCAAGCAGGACACCAUGCUGAAAGCCAUGUUCAGCGGGCGCAUGGAAGUACUCACCGACAGUGAAGGCUGGAUCCUCAUUGACCGCUGUGGGAAGCACUUUGGUACGAUACUCAACUACCUUCGUGAUGGGGCGGUCCCCUUGCCUGAGAGCCGCCGGGAGAUCGAGGAGCUGCUGGCAGAAGCCAAGUACUACCUGGUCCAGGGCCUGGUGGAAGAGUGCCAAGCAGCCCUACAACAGAACAAAGAUACUUAUGAGCCUUUCUGCAAAGUUCCUGUUAUCACCUCAUCCAAAGAAGAACAGAAACUUAUAGCAACUUCAAAUAAGCCCGCUGUGAAGUUGCUGUACAACAGAAGUAACAACAAAUACUCAUAUACCAGCAAUUCUGACGACAAUAUGUUGAAAAACAUCGAACUCUUUGAUAAGCUCUCUCUGCGCUUUAACGGAAGGGUCCUAUUCAUAAAGGAUGUCAUUGGGGACGAAAUCUGCUGCUGGUCCUUUUAUGGUCAGGGCCGAAAGAUUGCUGAAGUCUGUUGUACCUCCAUCGUCUAUGCCACUGAGAAGAAACAGACCAAGGUGGAAUUCCCUGAAGCCCGAAUUUAUGAGGAGACCCUGAAUAUUUUGCUGUAUGAGGCCCAGGAUGGUCGAGGACCUGACAAUGCACUUCUGGAGGCCACAGGCGGGGCUGCCGGGCGCUCCCACCAUCUGGACGAAGAUGAGGAGCGAGAGCGGGAACGGAUUGAGCGCGUGAGGCGGAUCCACGUCAAGCGGCCUGACGACCGUGCCCACCUCCACCAGUGAGCAGGCAAGCAGACCCAAGCCUUCCUCCCGCCCUCCUCCCUGCUCUACACUCAGAUCCUAUGCAGUCUUCUGGGCACCUUCCACUUCCCCUGGAGUCUGGAGAUGCUUUUGUAAUAAGCCAGAUGAUUAUUUUGAUAUUUCUCGACAAGGUGAAUUGAUUUCUACCCAGGUGAAUGCACCCCUGUUGUUGACAAGCUGUGCCCAAGGGCUCUACUUUCCAUGAGGAUCUGAGAAGCCUUGAUGCCGGGCUUGCUGGGUUCUUGAAGGAAAAGUAUGAAUGGGAAUGAUGUGUACAUGAGAACUUUUGUUUGCAGUAUUUAUUUUUGUGGAUGUUGACUACCUGUUUGAGCUUCUUGGGUGGCAUUCCCUUUGGGGUUCAGUUUGACAGCUCUGAGAGGGAUCCCACAGCUGGUGGCCACCAAAGUGUCUUUGAGCUCCCUGUUUCAUAACACCAGCCAAGCAUGCUGGCUCUGGUUCCUGGGCACUAGACUGGGCAGUUUCCAGGCAUGGCUUUGCUAGAAGUCCAUUCUGCAGCAGGAUUUCGCACUUAGAGCUUACUGAUAAAUAACAGUAUAGAUUUAAUAGAUGGGACCUGGUGUGCUUUGUACCUCUAAAUUGUUCCUCAUGUAGCUCUGGAUACCUAGUUGUGUUUAGGGGGCAAGCUGUAGCCACCUCAGCCGGUCUGUGGUCUGGUGUUUGUUGAGUCCCCACAUGCCUGGCUAAGGGCAGAACUGGCCUCGGUAGUGAGUGCUCAGCUCUGUUCCUGGCUCCUUCCCUGACUCCUGCUCCUUUCAGUUGCCCCCUUUUUGACCCACUCCAUCCCAGGAAGGCCUUCUGGACUGGUCACAGGCGUAACUCCCAGACUGGACUCCCGGCAGGAUCCAUUCCUUCCCCCUCGGCCUCCUUCCCUGUUAAGCUGGGCUUACUCCUGCAAGGAGAUGCCCUGCCCUUUGCUUUGAAAUUCAGCGUGGCCCCAGAUGUCCUCCCAGCCUGGCAUCCAGGCUGGACCUCCACUCACACCAGCAUUCUCAAAGCGGCUUUCCUACGCAAAGCACAGCCAUCACCUGGAGAUCCCCUUGGUGUCUUCGCCUGAUUGUAACAGUGUGGAGUGGUCGUCAGUGAUCAGUGAGAGGAUGUGCAGAUCCUUUUGGACCAAGUUAGUGGCCAUGUUUAUGUUCAAGGGACGUGUGUGACUGUUGAUGGGGAUGUAUGCAUGUGGGGCAGUGGGGCCUGGCGCUCAUGUGGGACGGACGUUCUCAGUUACCUACCUCUCGGUCUCCUCUGCGCCUGGUCAAGGGACAGAAAUGAGUUGUGACUAGACUAGGUAGAGUGGUUACAAGGUGAUGUGAAUGUAAGGGAAUGGAUGGGUUUUGUCUGCUUUUCAAGGGAAAUGUUACAGUUUUAUACCAAAGGUAUUAACAGGUGCAGCUUCUGACACAAAGUAUUCCGAAAAACAGUUUAUAUUUUGAAAUGGUUUUUACAGCUUCAACUUUGUACGUACUGCCCUAGUUGCGACAGUUGUAUGUCUUCAUUUUUGUAACCAGCAGCAAAGCCUAUGGUAAAUCUUUAAAACAAUCAUGACUGAACCUAAAAAGUAUUGGGUAGAUGCUUUUUAAAUUGCUGUGUGGGAAACUUUCAUAUUAGGCCAUUUGGAUUUUAUUAAGUGCUGAGGAAAGAAGGAGGCUUGAAAAAUGUUUCUUAAAUAUUUUAUACUGUUUGAGUUUUAAACUCCAACCCUGCCAUUUGGGUUGAACUUUUUUAGGAAGUUAAAGUGAAUGUCGGUUCUGAUGUUUUCUGUAGGAAUGGAAAAGCCAUCAUAUAAAUUCUUUUUUCCCCUCAUGUUUACGUGAAGAAUAUAUUUGUGGAAGAAUUUGACUUGUUUGGACUUCUACACUUUCUGACCUAAUGUUUUUGGCAGUCUCUCAUUUUUCCUUUAACUUUGUACUUGUAGCUUUGAGUCUUUGCUUCUCUGGGACGUGAACAGGGCCAUAAAACAUUCCAUGGUUAAUGACACUGCUAGCUACAUAUAGCCAUGAACUGACAGAAAGCAUUGGCUGGUCCAGCUCUGUUAUCAAAUACAUUCUACAAGGAACUGAUUUUCCUUAUGCUAGCACUAAAGGCAAGCAAAAGUCAACAUGUAUACUUAAGAACCAUCCAAGUAAAACGGUGGCGUAAGAUUUGCUAAAGAGCAAAGUUUUACAUUGUAAUAGCUUCCGGUUUUAAAAAGUGGAACAACUUUUCAAAUAAGCCAUGUGCCCAAGACAAUUCCUGGCAUAGCCUCUUCAGUUGCCCUCUUGCAGUGGCUUAGCAGGUUGGUCGCUGUGCAGAUACCCAGCCCUCUGUUCAGGGGUAUUUGUACCUUACAGCAGUUAUUCAGGACCCAAGUGUGAACCAGCCCUGGCCCUUCGAAUAUCUGCUCUUUAUACAUCUGUGUGUCACUAACCGUUGUUUCUUUGUGCUGUGGGGGAAAAAUGCUAUAAGCUUUAGAAGUAUGUUGUACACGCAUUUGUGGACAUGUGUAAAAUAAAAGUUAUGUAAUGCUUCUACUUAAA